GAUUGCGCCUCUCUCUCAGUCAUAAACCCCACCAUUUUCCCCUGCCCCCUUUUCUCUCUCUUCGCAGCUGUACUGUGCCUUCCGGCCGUGUGCCCUCUCUCCGCACCCGUGCCCUGACCCACUCCGCCUCUCCGCCAACUACACAGUCUCCGCCGCAGUCCGGCGUGGUCGGCCUCGGACUAGGUCUUGCGCACACGUCGCAUUCCACAUAACCCACUCUUCCCAUCCUAGAUCCCAUCCGCCGUCGCCAGGGGCUCUCUGUGCAUCCCACUCGCUCACCCCACCCCACUCGGCCGUCCACAACUGUUCGGCCAUUACGUGUCCUUGACUCGUCGUUGCGCGCCCAACGCAAAACCCAAUCGCUAUUCCGAGCCGAGCGUUCGCCACACAUCGGCUCCGACGCGACCGCCUUCGUGGAACCCGCUCGUUAGCUAGAUCUAUCCGCACCUCUAAUCGUCAUCCGGGUACACCUUGCCACCUCUACCCACCCACCUCCCUCCGAACCACCACCUGCCACCAUGAGCAAUAAGGGCCGUUCCACACCUCGCGUCGUCUGCUGCGCUAUACCCAUUGCCCGUGCCGCCGGCAAGGUCCUCGUCAUCACAAGUCGGAAACGGCCAAAUAACUGGGUCUUGCCCAAAGGAGGAUGGGAGCCAUCGGACGGGGUGCUAGAAGCAGCAGCCUCGCGGGAAGCCUUGGAAGAAGCUGGUGUACGCGGCAAAAUUACGCGUUUCGUGACGACGAUCCCCUCUGCGUCAUCGACGUACCACUUUUACGAGCUCGACGUCGCUGACCUCGAUGCCGAGUGGUUAGAGAGCAAGGAGAGAAGAAGGGAGUGGGUCGACUACGCAGAGGCGGUCAGGAGGUUAUCGUGGAAAGCCGAGCUCGCGCAAGGCUUGGCCCUUUCUACCCUCGCCCCUAAGCGGUGACCGCAGGUGAGCCCGGCGCGGUGGAUCGAAUAAGAGUUUGAUUGGAUGAUUUUUAUGCAGACGACACGUCGUGCGGUCUGAAGCACAAGGACCCAGCGGCUCCGAGCUGCUCAUCUCAAAAGUACUUCGCCGUCGGCCGGUCCUCUACCCGCACACCGACACAACAAUUCCAUGCGCGCCCGUCCUUGAAAGCACCCAUCCGUUUACGACGACCACACCUUUCGACAGACACUGACCAGUCCAAUUUCCGAUUGCUAUCGACCCGUACUCGAAUACGCAUACGUGUCCCAAUGUAGAGUUGCCUCAAUCUUCCCCACUACAAUAUGUUCGCUGCCCCAGCUCAUCGCGUCACAUGCCGAUCGUAGCAUCCCCCCUGCCGCAUCUCGCAUCCGUCAUGUGAACCAUCUUCCUACUGUACACGCCGACGCACAUAAUGCACCCAUAUACCUCGCUCUUGGCCCCGCAUCGCACUUGCUUUACCGCCAUCAUAAACAGGGCGUACAUGAUAUCGGUUCGCGUUCGCCAUGAGAGCAGCGUGUCUUUGUACAUUAGCCCCUCGGGUCGAGAGCACCCCCC